UACACAAUUAAUCACAAUUUAAUAUAAUCAUUUCAUUUCUUCCGCUCUGCAUGGCGCGCGUGUAUACAUACAUACAUACAUAUAUGUUUGUGUUUCUUGAAUUUCUUGUUCCAAAUUUGAGCGGUUUGAAUUAUCUAAAGAAUCUCAUCAGUUUAGUUUGAUCCAUUAUUAAGACCCGUUCAUUUUAUUUGAUUUCUUUGGUGAUAUGUCAAUGACUGAAUAUUGCAAUGAAUCAACCCCAAAGUUAAGCAUUGCAAUUCUUGCAGUCGGAACGAGAGGCGACGUUCAACCUUUUCUGGCUGUCGCAAGGAGACUUCAGGAAUACGGUCAUCGUGUGAGGUUGGCAACUCACUCUCAAUUCCAUGGAUUGGUGAAGUCGGCCGCUGUAGAUUUUUACCCACUUGGUGGCGACCCUCGAGUUAUAGUCCAAGGUUUCAUGAAGACUCAAAACUUACUAUUAACUACACGGCGAGAUAUAUCUACACAGUUAAAACAGUUAAAAGCCGUUAUGGAAUCUCUUCUUCCAGCCUGCACACAACCCGACCCGAUUACCGGUGAACCGUUCAUGGCCCAGGCAAUUAUUGCUAAUCCUCCUACUUACGGACGUGUAGAUGUGGCUGAAGCUCUUGGUGUUCCCCUUCACAUCUUCUUCACAGUUCCUUGGACGCCUACAUGUGCCUUUCCUCACCCUUUCAUACCCUACAUAUCUCAUAGAGCUGGAUAUUGGCUAUCAUAUGUUGUUGUUGAUUUAGUGAUAUGGUGGGGGCUAAGAGGCUACAUUAAUAAGUUGAGGAAAAACAAGCUUAAUCUUGGCCCUAUUAAUGGACUCUUCAACACAAACCAUGUCUCUAUUUCUCAUCUCCCAACAACUUACAUGUGGAGUCCCUGUCUACUGCCCAAGCCCAAUGACUGGGGCCCACUAGUUGAUGUUGUGGGCUACUGCUUUCUGGAGCUUGGAUCUACAUACGAACCUCCUCAAGAAUUUGUGGAGUGGAUGCAAAAGGGAGCUGCACCAAUUUAUAUCGGAUUCGGGAGCAUGCCUCUAGAAGAUCCGGAAAGCACCACAAACAUCGUUUUGGAGGCGUUGAAGAACACAGGGCAAAGAGGAAUCAUUGACCCAGGGUGGGGCGGCCUCGCCAGUCGUAAGUGCAUGCUGCUCAUUAUCAUCUUUAAUUUUUCAUUUCGCAGGAAAAAAGAAAAAAAGAGGAAUGAUGUUUGUGUUGCAGAAGAUGUUUUCUUGAUUUCUGAUUACCCUCACCACUGGUUGUUUCCUCAAUGUUACGCUGUGAUUCAUCACGGCGGAGCUGGAACAACUGCAGCCGGACUCAAAGCCGGGUGUCCGACCACAAUCGUACCAUUCUGCGGCGAUCAAUUCCUGUGGGGCGCCAUAAUUCAUCGGAGAGGAGUGGGACCCGCUCCGAUCUCUAUAUCGCAGCUUAGCGUCGAAUCCCUAUCCGAAGCUAUAAGAUUCAUGCUCCAGCCUCAGGUGAAAUCUCGAGCAAUGGAGUUAGCUGCGUGUGUCGACGCUGAAGAUGGCGCCGGCGCCGCAGCUGCGUCGUUUCAUCGUCAUCUGCGGUUAGAGCUUCCGCCGCCGGAACCGUCUCCGGUUGAAGGUGCGGAUCAUGUGCAGACGUUUUUUGGUUAUGUUGGGAGAUUUUGCUGCCUGUUUUGUUCUUCUAAUUAGGUUGUAAUAUUCUAUUGUAUUAGAAGAUGCUUGACAUGUGUGUAAUAGAUUGAUAAUACAGAAUUUUAAAUGAUGUCUUCAUCAUACAAAUGCACUGCUAAACUAUUAAUAUUA